GUGAUAGAAGUAGCCAAAGCCAUUCUGGAUAGUGGUGAAGACAUUCCUGUAACACUAACUGGAAAGCUGUUGAAAUUUCAACUGCUUUGUCUCAAACAGAAGGACCUUCAGAGAAGGGAAGCUGAAAAGAAGGUACUGUACAAGAAGGAGAACCUUCCUAGUGCCAAGACAGUUGAGAAAGAAAAGAAAGGAAAAAAGACAGAAGUAGGCCCUCUAGCACCAGUCACUGUUAAAAAAGACACCCAACUGAAGCGACGGGGAGAAGUGGAAGAGGAAGACAAAUACAUUGACGAUGAACCAGAUGAUGGUGCCCAUCAUUACUUUAUAAUUUUGGAUUUCCACAACCCUCAGCUGUUGCCUGUGAUGUCUGAGCUUGGAAUUAACAUUUCAAGUGUAAUUAGAAUUUCUUCUGAGAAUUAUAAGCCAUUGCAGACAUACUUGGAGGCAACUAAAUUUCAGGAACAAUCUUUACUUUCACCUGAAGUUGUAGAAGCAGAGAAGAGAAAGAAAGAUGAAGCUAUCAAAGACCUGGAAACAUUUUGGAAAUACCUGGAGCCAGUUCUGAACAGUGGAAAGCAUGGAUCAAGUCUUUUUGAUGUUGCCAGACUUCAUCACCUAGUUAAGGAGAGUGCCUUUCCUCCUGAUUGGUCUGACAGAGAAAUGCUGCUUGCAUUUGGCACUGCGCUGUUUGAAAGCAUUGCUUGUUUAAUGUAUGACUGCCUGGACUGGAGAAGACAGCAUUGUAACUACUUGGAAAAGACCAAGUUUAUUAAUGUGCCUGCAUUAUCAGAGAGAAAAUUGGCGCAACCACCGGUACAGUCAGCAUCACAGGUUACACCUUCAAAGAAAAAAGGGCAAGCAGAAGAAAUUCUGCCAACAGUAAUUUUGUCACAAGAGGAAGAAGCUUCUAUGCUGGCUACUUCCGUGGACAUGAGGUAUUACAAUGACUUGCUGAGUCAGAUUCCUGAGGAAUACUUUUCUGUACCCUUAAUGCUGAACUGCAUGUUGGAACAGGUUAUUGCAAGUGAAGAUGACCUUAUACCACCUAGUCUGGUGGUGCCAGAGCCCCGGGCAGAUGGGCUGCAUCGUACCAUUGCAGAUCAUAUAGCUUCUGUCCUGCCUUCUCUUUCACUUUCCGAGAGUGAAAAAAAGAAUCUAUACGACUACUUUUCUCCUAAAUACAGUGAAAAAAAGACUGCCACCCCCAAGUACCCUCUCUUGUUUAACUACCAUGAUACUCUGGCUCAGCGGUUGCACCUGCUGAAGGUCCAGGAGAACUUAAAUCCAGAAAAGAUUGAACGUGAAAUGAUGGAUAAACUGCCUCUUACGGAACUUAUCCAUUUCACCCUUCCUUCAACUGAAAACAACAGUAAACGCUUGGCCAGAGUUCACGAGCUCAUGCAUUAUUGUACCAGUGAACUUUUGAGUUGGGCUGAAGUAGAAAGAGCCUUCAGAGUGUUUACUUUUGAAAGCCUGACACUGACUGGGCUGAGUGACUCUGGUCUCCUGGAGAGCUCUGGAUCUAUGGUUGGAGGUGAUUCUGAAGUGUCUUAUAUCCCUUGGGAUAACCCAGCCCAGUUUGCAAGACAACUGAGACAACUAUUCCUUAUGGAAAAGAAGCUUAGUGGGAAAUCUCCAAGAGGCUCUGGACAUGCAGAAACAAAUGGCAAAGAUGGAAGAGAUGGUCUGGCUGAUCCUGUUUUGAACAAAGAAUUGGAUCUUUUUAUUUCUGAUAUGGUUCUUCAUACCGCAUCCCAAGAAUAUAGAUGUAUUGAUUCCUUUUAUCAUACCCAAGAUAACUGUUUGCUAAUGGUUCUUCACAAUCCUAUGAAUCAGUGUCGUUUGUGCCAAGAGACUUGGGAUAUUGCAUUGCACUCUAAUGUUGGAUUCAG